CAUCAUCUACACAGUAUCAAGUGCAUUUCCGGCAUUUUCUCCCCCACAUCCCUUAAAACAAUCAAAACUCAAUUCAACAAAUUUCUCUAAUUUAACAAGAAAAAAAAAACUUUCUUUCUUGCUCAAAUUCAAUAAAAAAAAAUGUCGAUCAUCUCACAAUUUUGCCACCUACCCAUAAAAUCUCACAAAUUACCCUCACAAUUAUUUACCCCGAAAUCUCCUGUUGUUUCUCCCAGCACAGUUUUUACCACAGGGGUAAAAAGAGAAAUUACGACGUUGAAAGUAAAGGCAAGCUCAUUGGACGAUGAGUGGGGACAAGAAAAGUCAACCUCGUAUGGUAGCGCAGCGGUGGCAGUUGCAGAGGAGGAGUCAACGGUUGAAGUGGAGGAGAUGAAUAGGUUAAAAAAGCAGUUGGUGAAUUCAUUUUAUGGGACAGAUAGAGGGUUGAAAGCAAGUAGUGAAACAAGGGCAGAAAUAGUGGAGUUUAUAACACAAUUAGAAGCUAGAAAUCCUACUCCUGCUCCUACUGAUGCUCUCUCUCUCCUCAAUGGAAAGUGGAUUUUAGCAUACACAUCAUUUUCUGGCUUGUUCCCACUGCUUUCUCAGGGCAGAUUACCGCUGGUCAAAGUGGAAGAAAUAUCACAAACUAUUGACUCAGAGCAAUUCACGGUUCAGAACUCUGUGCAGUUCUCAGGUCCUUUUUCUACGACAUCUGUUAGUACUAAUGCCAAGUUUGAAGUCCGCAGCCCCAAGCGUGUUCAGAUCAAGUUUAUGGAAGGAGUUGUUGGUACUCCUCAGAUAACUGACAGCUUAGUUCUACCUGAGAAUGUCGAGUUUCUAGGACAAAAAAUUGAUCUUACACCAUUGAAGGGUCUGUUCGACUCAGUACAAGACACCGCUUCAUCAGUUGCAAAAACAAUUUCUAGCCAACCGCCUUUGAAGUUUAACAUUGCUCGAAAUCCAGAGUCAUGGUUGCUUACCACCUACCUUGAUGAAGAGCUCCGUAUCUCAAGGGGUGAUGGAGGCAGUGUGUUUGUUUUCAUAAAGGAAGAAAGUCUUCUCUUGCCUCCCUAAACCAAUCAUAAUUAAUAAACAAAUCUAAAGUAAUUCCCCUUAAUUAGUGUAUGUAUAAUGUACUCUUGACGGGGUCUCAUACUAUAAUGUCACAAUAAUGCUACCACCAGUAUCUGGGGCAAAUGAUUAUACCGAUGGCAAUAAGGUUGCAUUGCUACUUGUAUAUUGUAGCUCAGAUUGAAUUGCAGAGAUUAUGUAAUAUGUUCUCAAUGAUGAAAUACACUUAAGAUUUAGUUAAUACAGUACUUUGUUAUUAUGUGACCA